AUAAUCAGGUCCUUGUCCAUACGUAAACGUGGUGCCUUCCAAAGACAAUCAACCCAACCUUCCCCUGCUUGCAGGCGGUGGGCCUCAUUGUGCAGGACCCUCCAUUUUCAUGUCACAAGCUUGCUUCAGUUGAUUCAUGUCCUUUUUAAUUUAUAAGACCAUUGCCGCAUUGCGGCUUCCUGAUUUGUGAUUAAUCUGCAAGGCUCUGACCAGUGACCACCUCCUACUACGCCCCUUGCGUUCAAAGUUAAAAUAGCUCUCUCUGUUUGGCUCCUCUGUUUCUCUCUCUCUCUCUUUCUUUUCUUUGCUGCGCUGGCUUUGGCUUUCUGUCCUUUUGGUUUGAAUUUGAGUCGUAAUUUUGAAAACUAUGAGAGAAGUUGAUUGACGAUGGGAAAUGGGAAAGUGGGUCUCAGUUCAAUCCUCCAAAUUGUAAAAAAAAAAAUUGUAAAAUAAUGGAUCCUUUAACUUGGAAGUUCAGCUAAUUAGUUUGUUCUGUGAUUUGUGAAUAGUCUGACCAUUGAAACUCCCAUGCCAUGAUUGCUAUCUGAAAUUAGCUGAAAGUGCCAAAUUUUUCAAAGUUUCGACCUCGCUAACCCAACCAUAAUGCUUUUAGCAGAAUCAUCCCAAACCCCUCUCUCUUUCUCUCUAACCCUCUCUCUUUCUCUACUAAACUUGUUGCUUCAAAGUGCCUGUUGCUUGGCUCUGACUGUACUGUUCUCCUCUCUGCGUGACCAGCUUUAAUUAUCUUUUAUCGCCCAUGUCAGGUGAAACAAUUCUAUCAGAAAUCUCAAAGCUUUGCAAAUUUCAAAGCUUAGUCUUUAUGGCCAAAAAAGAACUUGGAAGAAGUUCAGCCCAGCUCACCCAUUCCCGUGGAGUGCCUUACUCAUAUCUUGGCUGAUACCAUUUGUGGGUCACUGGGUCUGUUCUUGUAAUGUAAACCCUACUGUUUUCGUUCCUUGAAGCUUCUAUGUACCCACGUUCUACUUCAUUAUAGUGGUUCAGUUUACAUUUUUUCUUCACAAUCUUCUUCUUACUUGAAAUGGAUGGACGAGAAUGAGAGAUGAUGAAUUCCUGAGGUUUGAUCUCAACUUUCUUUGGAAGGGAUCAUGGGAAUGCUGCUGAUUAUCCUGCUGCUGACACUCUCUGCAAUUGUCAGUGCUCUGUCAGUUCAUGGAUCUGCAGACCUUGCAAUCUUUCCUACAAAUCCAGUCAGCUUUGGCCAGAGAAGACAUGGAAUUCCAGUGGCUGCACCUCCAAACAGAGCAUUCCACAGUUCACUGCCUACAGGCCAUUCUCAUUCUCAUACUAGAGUUGCCCCUCUACUUAAUGACCGAGGAUCCUCUAGUAUUGUGCUUCCACCUUCUAUGUCAUCUUUCAGAGGUCCUUCCAAGGAAUGGGUGCAUCGAUUUGCAUCUUCUCCCUCAAGCCCAUACCAUAGGCAUCGUCAUCAUGCAAGAAACACAUUCAGCAACUCUGCUUCCCAACCAUCUUAUUUGCUUCCUCCACCCACUUACAGCCAGCAAGGCCCUUUAAUCUCCCCAAUACAAUCUCCCUUUCUGUCACCUACAAGCUGGGGUUCAGCUGCUCCUGCACCAUCACCCACAAUGCCAUCAAACAAAUUUAGAGUGCUUCCUCCAGCAUCCUCUCCUCUGGCUUCAUAUCCACCACAUCCACUGGUUUUGACGCUACCCCCUCCACCUCCAAAUGAAGAUUGUACAUCAGUAGCUUGCACAGAGCCAUUAACAUAUACUCCUCCCGGAUCACCAUGUGGUUGUGUGUGGCCAAUUCAAGUUAGAUUGAGUAUUAGUGUUGCACUGUACACAUUCUUCCCUCUAGUUUCGGAGCUGGCAAAUGAAAUUGCAGCUGGAGUUUCACUAUACCCAAGUCAAGUUCGCAUUAUGGGAGCCAAUGCUGCUACACAGGAGCAAGACAAAACCAUCGUCCUCAUCAAUCUAAUCCCUCUUGGAGCAAAAUUUGAUGAUGCCAUCGCAUUUUCAACUUAUCAGAAGUUCUGGCACAAACAAAUUUCCAUAAGAACAUCCAUCUUUGGUGCCUAUGAAGCGAUAUAUGUCCGCUAUCCAGGUCUUCCACCGUCUCCACCCUCGGUAUCUUCAAGCAUUGCUUCCAUGGAAGAUGGGCCAUACACUGGCCGUGAUAAUAAUGGAACUGCAAUGAAACCUCUAGGGGUUGAAGUACCAAAGACCAGGAGGAAAAAAUAUGGACUUGGUGGAAGCACAAUUUCUAUAAUUGCUGUAGCAUCUGUGACGGCUUUUGUUAUAUGCAUGGGAGCUGUCUGGCUUUUACUGUUGAAAUAUGGGAACUGGGGUCAUCUAACUGAACAAAGUCCACAUGAUUUAGAAUCUACACACACAAAGCCAUCAGGGACUGCUGAUUCUCUGAUGUGUGGAAACAAGCUUACUUCUGCAUCGAUGUCCUUGAGUUCUUGUCUACAGACAUAUACAGGAUCUGCUAAGACCUUGAGCAUAAAUGACGUGAAGAGAGCCACCAAUAACUUUGAUGCUUCAAGAAUACUUGGGGAAGGUGGUUUUGGGCUUGUCUAUAGUGGCAUUUUAGAUGAUGGAAGAAGGGUGGCUGUGAAGAUUCUCAAGAGAGAAGAUCAGCAGGGCAGCCGUGAGUUCUUGGCAGAAGUUGAGAUGCUUAGCCGUCUGCACCACAGAAACCUAGUGAAAUUGAUUGGCAUUUGUAUAGAGGACCAUACCCAUUGCUUACUGUAUGAGCUUGUUCCAAAUGGAAGCGUGGAAUCUCAUUUACAUGGAUUUGACAAGGAAACUGAUCCACUUGAUUGGGGAACCCGAAUGAAGAUUGCCCUUGGGGCAGCUCGGGGUUUAGCCUAUCUGCAUGAAGAUUCAAGCCCUCAUGUUAUACAUCGAGACUUCAAGUCCAGUAACAUCUUGCUGGAACAUGAUUUUACACCAAAAGUUUCAGAUUUUGGACUGGCUAGAACAGCACUGGAUGAGGGAAAUAAACACAUCUCUACUCAUGUUAUGGGAACUUUCGGUUACUUAGCCCCAGAAUAUGCAAUGACUGGUCAUCUUCUCGUGAAAAGUGAUGUUUACAGCUAUGGUGUAGUCCUACUUGAGCUCCUAACAGGAAGAAAGCCAGUGGACUUAUCACAACCACCGGGUCAAGAAAAUCUGGUUGGUUGGGCACGCUCCCUCCUAACAAGCAAGGAGGGCCUAGAAACAAUCAUUGAUCCAGCUCUAACAUCAAAUAUUCCAUUUGAUAGUGUGGCCAAGGUAGCAGCUAUUGCAUCAAUGUGCGUGCAACCAGAGGUAUCUCACCGUCCUUUUAUGGGUGAAGUUGUUCAAGCCUUGAAGCUAGUAUGCGAUGAGUUUGAUGAAACAAACGAGAUAGGAUGCAGCCAAAAGGAUUCUUCCACAGGAGUGGAUACUAGGGUUGGUAGAGCUUCAGGUAAUCUUGUGGAAGUUUCAGAGACACAUUACUCUACCCCUGACCAUGAUGCUCGUUUUGAAACUAAGAUAUCACUGUCAACAACAAAUUUGAAGAGUAUGUCAGUGGGAUUUGAGGGGCAGGACUUGGGAUCUACUGUAGGGCGCUUUAGUUCAGGGCCUUUGAGAACAGGGAGGAGAAGACAGUUUUGGAAGGCUUUAAGAGGGUUGUCUAGAGGCAGUGUGAGUGAGCAUGGGUUUGCUUCUAAACUCUGGCCAGGAUCCCAUUAAGUUCAUAGCCCAUUUAUGAGAAUGUGUUACACUUCCAUGAGCCAGAGCAAGGAAUUUUAUUCAAUGUAGACUGAUGCAAAAUUCAGCAACAUGCACCACCUGAAAGGCCCACAAAAAAAUUGAGCCAGAGUUUUUUAACAAUUUGUCCCAUAAAUGCUCAAGAUCAACCGAAGUUAUUCAUGGUAGUGAGAAGUUUCAAGGCAGUCUUCAGCUCUGAUUUUCAACAGGACAAUCUUCAACCCCAUCCCGGACCAUUUCUUGCGCACAAAAUACAUUGUCAAUGAAAAAAUUGGGGAAUUUUAAAGAUUUUGUGUAAAUCUGUCUUUAAUUUAUUGAGAAAUUAUGUAAGCCCUCCUGAAAUUGAACUCUAUGAAGUUCACGGUUGUAAUAUACAUUGAAUCUCAAAUUUUCUUUUGGAGCUGUAAUAUUAUCUAGCACAUGUGUUGACUGAUCA